GCGAGCGAAGCGGCACGCUCAGUCCGCGCGCGGCAAUCGACAAGUGCGGUCGCGCUCGGAGCUUGCCGUACCGGAGCAGCGGCGUGCGCGUUUGUGUGUGUGGUGCGGUGUGUCUACGAUAGAAGCGCGCGUGCGUGCGCUUGGCAAGUGGUCCUGUCAGUGCAUCUAGUUGUGAGUCGAGGCACGCAUGGCCGGCUUGUUGCAGCCUCCUACUGCCGCCAACGGGAACGCCGGCGGAGCGUGCGCCGCCGGUGGCCUAUCAGCUCCCAGCAGCCCUUCUCUGGGAAACCGACUCACCGUUCCAGGGUCCCAGGGUCCACGAGACCGCAAGUACAGCCUACCUCUUCAGCUUCAGCGGCGACCGUCGCUGUCCGGAUACGCGGCCGCGGUUGAGUCGGCUCGCGAGGAUGCUCGCCGGCGCAAGUUCAGCCAGGUCGGCCAGGUGGUGUCUCACCGACUGUCCACCACCAUCGGCUGGAAGGUGUACACGGUGACCACCCAGGAGGUGGCCGAUCAGGCCAAGAGCCUGUGCGGCCGCUACCUGCGCGCCAAGCUCAAGCAGUGCGGUGCCGUGCACAAGAAGCUCGGCCUUCAGCGACUGCGGAGCGUGAGCAACCUGAGCGUCGGCUACCCGACGUCGGACGUGGCCCAGAGGCUGCGGCUCGUGUGCUCCGAGCUCGAGAGCUCGCACCCCGACCUUUACCAGACGGUGACGGGCAACAUUGGCGUGCACGCGCUGCCCUCCGAGACGGCGGUGCAGAACGUGUUCGAGGCGGUGGCUCGCGAGCUGUUCCGCAACGACAUCUCGUGGGGUCGCAUCGUGGCCCUGUACUCGGUCUCCGGAGGACUCGCCGUCGACUGCGUCAAGUUGGGUCACCCCGAGUACGUGUUAGGCCUCGUUCAAGCCCUGGGUCUCUUCGUCGAGCGGGACCUGGCCACAUGGAUCAGUCAGCAAGGUGGAUGGGGAACCCUAAUCACGCGGUUCCGACGACGGCCCCAGCGGUCAAUCCUGGUCGACUUCUUCCUUAUCGUUGCCGGCCUGGUGCUGGUCGUGGUGCUCCUCUAUUACUGGCUGUCCUGACGCCCGGCCCACACUCUACACCUCGCAAGGAUGCUGUGAUCGGCGCCAUUUUCCUUCCGCCCAACUUUCUCCAGCGUCACAUUCUCGAAGCCCCCACGACGCCAAAGAAGUGGUGCUAUGUGAGAGCGCGGUCUCGUUGAACGAAACCACCGGGCGAAGCCAAGUGGCCGUCUGAACAAAUAAGUGUAUACGGCCGUGAAUCUGUUUACGUGAAACCACGUAUCCGGCAGUUCGGCGUGCUGGUGCUGUGAACUCCUCUGUGCUUCAGUUGUCCAGGCCAACGUCCACGUGACGCUCCACCACGGUCGCCACUGAUGCAAGACACCUGUUCCUUGGUCCACUGUAGCGAGAUUACCUAAUCACCCGUGUUAUACCUGGAUUUAGUGUUUGUUUGGUGCCACAUCACGACACCCCGAACGUGUCAGAGGGAUUGUCGUCGAGAGGGACACCAGUUAAGAGGAACCAUGACAAGGAUUGAGUGCAAAGCCAGACUUUAUUUUUGCUUGCAUGUUUAGUGUAUCCUAGCGUCCAAACUUGCGCAGUCUUCACAAGGAAUGUUUGUGAUUCUGUGCGUUACGACAUGAGCUGACUUGGCAUCCUGAGCCAUACGGAGACCGCUGUAGCGGGUGGUUCCUGGACUCUAAUGAGUUAUUAGAACUGUGUGUUUUGUGUUGGUACAUACGCGGACGCGAUAAUCUGAAGCAUGCAUUUAUCUUCUAGAAAGACACUGGUUCAAUUUAGUGAGAUAAAAUGGCUAUAUGUGCGAGCCAUUUGUUUAACAAUAAGAAAUUUGCAGGA